UCGACUGUGGAGACCUAGUAGACAAAAAGGCUGUCAUUGAAUACGAGUAUACUGUUGGUUACGCUGAGGCUUCAUACCAGUGCAAACGACCUCUACCGGGCCAAAUUGGAAAAGAAACCUUUUAUUGUUUGAUGUCAGGUUAUUGGAGUGGACCAAGCAUUCAAUGUGGUCUCUAUUGUUACCAGCCACCUAUGUUGCGUCCAGAACAGGAAGUCAUCUACAAAUACUACGGCACUACCAUAUAUGCUAAUUACAAAUGUACCUCUUAUCCUGAUGCUGUAUCAACGCAUUCCUGUGCAGUUUCUAGAUGUACUGCUCCAGAUACGUGGGCAGAAGCGUCGUUAUCCUGUUCGGCUCAAGAUUGUAUGAUUAGACCUGGACAAUACUACGGAAAAGUAGGCUGCACCGCCACUGGACGUACAUGUCAAAAAUGGAAUUCUAAUUGGCCACACCGUCCAUCUUUUUGGCCUGCAGAUACAAAUAAUAACUAUUGCUGUACGCUUCCCGAUGAGGCUACACCCUGGUGUUAUACUAUGGACCCGGGGGUUAGAUGGGAAUAUUGUUAUGUACCAAUGUGCUAGAAACAGACUUCGUCUUAAAUGUCGUAUUUCAACUUUAAUAUUACCAUGAAACUACAAUAUACAUGAUCCUGAUCAAUGCAAAAUACGAUAUAUCUAUCUGAAAUGAUAAACUUUCUGACUGAUAAAAGCAAGGUUUACGUGAAAAACAAACAAUGUUGGCAUUUUUGAAAGCUAACAACUUUUAUUAAGGUUUGACAGGUUUUGUAUAACCAAACUUGUUAUGAUUACAAAUUGGAUAAUAUUU